CGCAGGGGCCGUGCGGGUUGUCGGAGAGGCGGCACAACCUCGAACAGCCUGUUGAGGAGGCCGUUCUUUGGAUGGCUACCGAUGGAAUCAGGUGAAAAACACCCAGGCGAGCAGCGCCUCCCCCACCAGUAAUGGCUUCGCGCGUGUCUGUGCGCUGUGCAGAUGAGCGUGUUGCUGGUUCGUCUGCCUUGGAUCUGCCUGCCAUCAGCAACACUGGGGCGAGCCAGCCGGUCAGCGGAGGCAAAUUGCGAGGAAGACCACAAAGACCGCAGAGAAAACGUGCUUCUCUUCCCGUGAUUUGUUGGUUGCAGGCGUCCGCUGCUGAUGGCCUACGUAGCCUCCGAGAUGAGCUUCAUCGCAUAGCUAUGCUGACUGAGGCGAUUCAGUCAAAGGUAACACACACGAGGCUGACAGUCAGGCGGCUACUUGACGGUCGGGCGCAUUGGUUAUUGGUUGGUGCAGUUCUCGGCUGAUGGUGAGUCGCGGGCGAAGCGGCUGCUGCACUGCCGACCGGAUGUCCAGGUGAGGAACGCUCGUGGAUGGAUGUGGAAGCCCCUGACAUCCACGCGGUUUGUAUGGCUGAGUGUUUGUGUGCAGUGUGAGUUGUCGGCCAUGGCGAGCGGCCUGGCGCAUAUCGACGCCCUCUUAGAUAGACCCAAACAGGUGGGCACUCAUGUCCACAGCAAACACACAUCUGCCCAGGGCGGACUUACGAGGUGUGGCGUGCCGUCAGGUGGGGGUUGGCGAAUCGAUGGACAUAGCCUCGGUGCUCUGGCUGAUUUGAGUGCGGCCCUCAACACCAUCUGGAGUAGACAAGACAGGCAGGGUGAGAUACACAGACACGCCAACAUUCACCAACACGUACCCUCGAUGAUGUGCUUCUCCUCAUUUGACCAGGCGUCAAGAAGACCAUCGAGAUCACCUACGAGAGCCCCACCAUCAGCCACAGCUUCGGCGACGAGACCCGGCCCAUUCACGCCUUCCUCGACUGGGCACGGCGGCUGGGUGUGACCGUCGAGUGGCAGCUGGACGGCUUCGGGAUGGUGACACUGGACUGCAGCAAGCGUGUGCCGAGUGCCCCGCCGGCUGUGUGUGGGCCGGUCGCUGACGUGAUCAACAAGAUGGCGAGCCAGGCACAGCGGGUAAUAAGCUGAAAUACACUCAUAGCAAAACCUCGACCCACGGGAUGGUCUGUGGGUGCUGUGUAUGCCUUCAGGUGGAGAUCAAGUGCGGCGGCAGUCCUCUGCACCACACAUGGCGACACCUGCUGAGUUUCCCCAAGGCCGAUGAGCUGCGCAUCGAGGAGGGCGACGGCAAUCCGCCGAUCCAGCGGACCGUCAAGAGCAUUCCCACCUGGCUGCUCGAGGUCGGCCAGGACGGCAAUAACGUGCGGCUCCCCGCCAUCGACACCUUCUGGGGCGAGCUAGGCCUGAGUGUUGACGGGCGGGCACAUUUGCCCGCCCGACCCCGAACCCUCACUCGACUGCUGGGCAGCCUGCGUCAUCUCACCUUUGUCGAGCUCUCCUCUGCUAGCCUUCCUAUCGUGUAUGAGUGCGUGUCGUGCACGAGUGUCGAUAAACUAGAUAGGGUUGUGCUCCAUGUGGGCCCACGCAUGAGUGCACUGCCUGAGCACAUCAGCCAGAAGCUGCCGGCCGUGAAAUACCUCAGUGUGGAGGUGUCAGAUGCCGUUAUGCACGAUGAUGUCUGGCGGGUAGUCGAGGGCGCAGAUGCGUUGUCGAUCGUGGGUUUUGUGCGCCAGCUGCGUCCGCACGAGGCCGAGCUUAGACUCGGCAUACACGAUGACGCAUUGGCCAGCCACGACUAUGGGGGGAUAGGGGGAGAUGAGCUAGACGAGGCCAUAGUCGAGUACGGGACCACUUGGACCGAGGCGCUCGGCUUCCAGUGCUUCCAGCAAGUCAUGGAGACACAGCAUCUCACACAUGCAUCCGCCAGCUGUCACACGAUUGAAGGCGAAUUCGGUGAGCCUGAGUUCAGCCACGCCGAUCUGCAUCUGGUAUUCGUGGCCAAGUAGAGGGGGCGACAGAACGGACAAGGGCCAUGAGUGAGCCUUUCGUGUGCAUGCCAUGGACUGCAUUGCAUGACUUGAAAGACGGAUGGUAUUGAGAUAAACCGAU